UUCGCGUAGCCGUCAAUCAUGAAGCAAGGCGUUACUUCCAAGACGUUUGUGGCGCAAACAUGGCAGAGAACCUUAAAGACCUCAGCAGACCCCAAAUGUUUUUAUUUGGCUGUGUGCUGAAGGCUGAUAAAAAAGAGCACAAAGUCGAGGUAGACGAUGAUGAAGUUGACCACCAGCUGUCACUGAAAGCGGUGUGUCUGGGAGCAGAAGCAGAGGAUAAGUUACAUACAGUGGAGAUAGAGGGAGUGACUUACGAUGGCAAGACGACCAAAAUCCCUCUUGCUGUGCUGAAGCCAUCUAUUCUGCCUUCUCUAAGUUUAGGGGGUUUUGAAAUCACUCCCCCAUUCACGUUCCGUUUGCAGUCCGGAGCUGGCCCAGUCUACAUCAGUGGGCAACAUUUUGUCAGUGGUUUAGGCAUGAAGGAGUCUGAUGAUGAGGAAGAAGAAGAAGAGAAUAACACAUCACCUGUGAAGAGACCAUCCAAUAUGGCCACUGGAAAAGUGCCACUGAAGAAGCUCAAAAUGGAUUCGGAUGAUGAUGAUGAUGAUGAUGAUGAAGAUGAAGAUGAUGAUAGUGAAGAUGAAGAGGAUGAUGAUAGCGAUGAACAUGAUGAAGAUGAAAAGCCAGUUGCACCAAGCCCCAUCAAACCCUCAUUGAAAGCCCCAGAGAAAAAGAAGAGUGCAGACAAACAGAACGGCUCACCAGGAAAAAAAGAUGACAAACCAGGGAAGCCUCAGAGCCAGGUUACAAUAAAGGGGAAAGACAAGACUGGAGCAGGUCCUUCUGGGAAGACUCCCAGCAAGCUGAGCAUAAGUGAGGUCAAGAACAGAUUAGCAGCUGCUGCUAAAGAGGGCAAGCCGUUUCCAAAAACAGACCAGAAAUUUGAGAACUACGCCAAGCACACUUUCAAGAUCUCGGAUAAACAAGUGAUCAAAGACCUUUGGAACUUUGUACAAACACUGAAAAAGUAAUGGCAGCUUUUGUGACUCGUCCCCCUUUUGCGUGCCCCCCCAUGUACCAGAGGACUAUCCAGUGAUGGCCUUCAGCUGUGAAUUCUGGCUUCUCCUACUCUCAUGGAAACCGUCCAUUUUCCUCUGUGUGUAAUGAGACUUGCAAAAUAUAAAGACACUGAGUAGUUAAAGAGAGCUCAUUACCUUGUGUUAUUCUAAAGAAACCCAGCAAAGUGUUGUGGAUGUGUCGAACAUAGGAUUUCCAUCAGUGGUGGUAAAUAUUGUAUGACAGCUAUGAAGUAGCUAGGGUAAUUUGUAUUGAAAUACAUCUGUGGGGUUAACUACAGUAUAAACAACAAUUUAAGAAUUGGAAGAAUAUUUCUGAAGGAAUCUCCCGUUGUAUCCGAGCAGGUUAGCCUUUUGCUUCUCGGCAGCUUUUCUUGGAAGAGUUUUAAAAUGGCCGUCAUUUGCUGUAAAUAGUGCUAUUCAUUUUAAUGUAAAAACAUGGCAACUGAAAUAUAGCUGUAGAUUGAGUCUGCUUCUGAGUAUUCCGUCUGGCCCACAAUGUUCCGUCUGACUGAGGAUUCCAUCUGGCUCACAGUAAGCCUUGUAGCUCCGAAGAUCCCAUUUGGCUGUGCUUCUAUAGCUCUCUGUAAGGUGGAAAUCUUGGUUAGCCAAGGUAUCUUUGCCUAGGUACUGUAAUCAGAUAAAGUGAUCUUUUAAGGGUUUCUAGCGAUCUGUUGCCAGAAUAUGACAGCUAAGAUAUUCAUUGGCUUAAAUUGUGAAACGAUUUCACAGAAGCAUUCCAGUUCGUUUAGUGCUUUGAAUUCCAGAGGUAAUGCUAAUGUGCAUUAUCUUUUCAGCAUUUUUCUAGUAUUUCAUUUUAUUAAUGCACUCCUGAGUUUGUCUUUUGUUGUAAUUCUACUGUAAUAUUUUAAAUAGGAUUACUUAAUCCUUUACAUCUUCUAAUUGUAUUUGCUUAAUGUUGUAAUUACUCACUGAUGUUUCAAAGGGGAUUUAACCCAGAAUGUUUCAAAUGUUUUAACAGUUAACAUGGAGGGGAGCAAACAUAAUCUGAUUUUUUUACCUAUGUGUAAAAUACUUGAGGCCUCGAAGCAUGGUAUUUCGAAUGCAUUUGUGUAGUUGGUUUUAAGACUAACCUGACAAGGCCACAUUUUUCUCACAGUUAUGCAUAAGCACAACGAUUCCCUAUAAUGUUACAGCUUGAAUCCAAGUUCCCGUUGCCCAGUAAAUUGGCACAAUCUCUGGUCUGUCCAAACAAAUUACAGUGCUAUAAAACCAGUCUCUCGAAUCAUCUAGUAGUCAUUAGCCAUUUUUUUCUAUGUGAAAUACAUUAUAGUAAAGAGUCUUUGAAACAACUGCAUUUUGCAGUUUGACAUAUCCAUGCUUUUUUUUUUUUUUUUACUUACUUAUUUCAUCAGCAUGAAAGGAAUAAAUAAACCUGCCCCAGA